AUGUUCUCCGGCUCCAAUUCCUUCCUCGGCGGCGGCAACACUGCCCGCGCAGGCCCGUCGCCGUAUGGACAACAGCAGCAGCAGUUCGGCCAACAACCCCAGCAGCCUCAGUAUGGCCAGCAACAGCAGACUGGAUUCGGCCAACCACCGCUCCAGCAGCAGUAUACCGGCUUUCCUCAAGGCGGAAUGCCACCGCAGGCGACGGGAUACCCUCAGCAACCGUCGCAACCACAAUUCCAGCAGCAGCCGCAGUACUCCGGCUUCCAACAGCCUCAGCCGACCGGUCUCCCACCCCAACCGACAGGCUUUCAGCAGCCUCUGCCUCAACCGCCACAACCGCAGUUCCAAGUUCAGCAACCGACGGGCUUUCAACCGCAGCAGCAGAAUGUGCAGCAGCAAGCGCCUCCUCCGCCGGUCCAGCGCCCGCAGCCAACCGGCAUGACCAGCAACGAUAUGGCCAACUCCUUCCGAAGCGCCGCUCCUCAACCUCAGCAAUCCGCACCAGCAGCCAAGUCUGGCAGCAGAAUCCCCAACAUGCGACUGAGCUUCAUCACGGCGCAAGACCAGGCCAAAUUUGAGCAGCUGUUCAAGAGCGCGACAGGAGGCGAGCAGGCGUUGAGCGGGGAGAAGGCAAAAGAUUUGCUACUGAGAAGUAAACUGGAUGGAAAUAGCUUGGCUCAAAUAUGGACGCUCUCAGAUACCACAAAGUCGGGGCAAUUGCUGUUCCCAGAGUUUGCAUUGGCCAUGUACCUAUGCAAUUUGAAGCUCACUGGUAAGGACAUGCCCGCUUCUUUGCCAGAGAAGAUUCGCAACGAGGUCUCUAGUAUGGUGGACAUCAUUUCGUUUGGUGUCGAGGACAACCCUCCGGCGCCAACCCCCAGCAGCAAUGCGCCGAACUUCAAUGAGCCACCUAGGAUUCAACAGCCUCAGGCGCAGAACCCGAACAAUCAGCAACUCUUGAGUGCGCUCACUGCUCAGCCUACCGGCUUUCAAGUGCCACAAGCGACCGGGUUCCAGCAGCCUCAGCAGACUGGCUUUCAACAACCUCAACAGACAGGUCUCCAGCCACAGCCUACAGGCUUCGCAGGCGGUAUGCCACAAGCCCAAGGCUAUACAGGACCACGUCCGCCAAUGCCUCCGAUGCCGACUGGGUUUGGGCAGAACCAAUCUCAACAGUACGGCCUUUCACCGCAGCAGACCGGCUUUGGAGGACUCGCGGCAGCUCCGUUGAAUGCACAGCCAACCGGAAGACCGGGCCAGUGGGGGCUGGUGAACGCACCAGCAAGCGGCUUGCCCAAUCUGCAGGCUCUGCAGCAACAAAUGAUGCCGCAACCAGGCAGAGAGUCCGGAUUCAGUGCGCAGGGUCUGCAAGGCAAUGCAACUGUGCCAUGGGCUGUGACCAAGGAUGAGAAGAAAAUCUACGAUGACAUGUUCAAGGCAUGGGACGGGUUUGGAAAAGGAUACAUCUCAGGCAAUCAAGCAAUUGAGAUCUUCAGUCAAUCCGGUCUCGACAAGUCGGACCUUGAAAGGAUAUGGACCCUCAGUGAUCCGCACAACAAAGGACGUCUCAAUCUGGACGAAUUUGCUGUUUCCAUGCAUUUGAUCUAUCGACGACUGAACGGAUACCCAGUUCCGAACCAGCUUCCUCCCGAGCUCAUUCCUCCCUCAACGCGAAAUCUCGAUUCCAGUAUUGGCACGAUGAAGAACCUGCUCAGUCAAGACGCGCAGACGAGGAGAUCGACAGGUGCUUUCUUGCAACCGCAGAGAACCGGUGUGAGCUACCUCAAGUCUCGAUCGUUGCAUGCCAAUGGCUCGCCUGAUGCGGGACGAAAGGAUGCAACCGUAUUCAAGAACAAUGAUGACGAUGUUGGCUACCGAUCUUCUGCUAGGCGCAGGAUGGGCGAGCGCGGUAGAGACGCGUCUCCGGCACUCAGUGACAGCAGCAGUAUGACGGCUGACGACAUGAGUAUCGACCAGCUUAAGAAGACCAUCCGCGAGAAGCAAGUUCUGCUAGACGCGAUGGACUUUGAAGACGAGGGCAAGGCCGAUGAAGAGGAUGCAUUGGACCGAAAGGACAGGAAGGAGGCUGAGGAGCUGUUCCGGCGCAUCCGAAGAAUCCAAGAAGACAUUGAUAGCCAUCCUAACAGCGCCUUUAAGACUGGUGACUCGGACGCGGAGCGACGAACGCUUCAGAGGCAGUUGCGUGGCUUGCAAGAUCAGUUGCCCGAGCUUGCGAGUCAUGUGCGAAAAUGCGAGCGUGCAAUCGCGGAUGCUCAGCUGGAGGUUUUCAGACUGAAAGACGCAAAAGCGCAUCCCAGCUCCGCGCCUCCCAUUGUGGGCACUGGACCUGGCGGUGAGGUCACCGAGGCUGAUCGACGAAGAGCCAAGGCCAAGGCGAUGAUGCAACAGCGUUCUGCUCAACUCUCCGGGAAGAAGAUUGACACUGGCGACGACGGUACGGCAGCAGCCCAGAGACUGGAAGAGGAGAGCAAGCGAGUCACGCGAGAACGCGAGGACAAUGAAACGAUGGUUCGCGGUGUCGAAGAGAGCGUGACCGAGUACAGCAAAGGUCUCGAAUCUAGUCUCAAGGAAGGCGCCGAGUCAGCAUCUGAUGAGCAUGAGCGGCGACGAUGGGUGGACGGGCUUGGUGUGGAGGACGAGGUCAAGGACUUCAUCUUCGACCUGCAGCGGAGCUCUCGUGCUGCCCGUGUUCGCCACGAGGACAAGGCACCAGUUCGUCCUAAGGCUGCCGAGCCUGCCGAGGAUACCAACCGAACGAGCACACCGACGUCGCGUACUGACAGUCCAGCUUUGAGCAGAGCACCUGCUUCGACACCCCAGACCUCCGGCUCUUCGUAUUCCAGCUACAGGACCGCUGAAGAGCGCGCGGCCUUCAUCAAGCAGCAAGCCGAACAGCGCAUGGCAGAGCGUCUUGCGGCCCUUGGUCUUAAGGCUCCCAGCAGGGGAGAGACUGCAGCGCAACGAGCAGAGCGCGAGCGCAAGGAACGCGAGGAUAGACUCAAACAGGCAGAGGCAGAGGACGCUCGCCGUGAACAAGAAAGACAGGCCAGGCUGCAAGGCGAGUCAGUUGCACCACCUGCUCCGGCUGCUCCUGCUGGCAAACCGAAACCACCUCCGCCUGCGCCGCGGAAGAAUCGCAGCGAGAGCCUGCAGAGUCAAGACGAGGCCAAGCGCGCCGAACACGACAUCAAGGAACAGGCGCUCAAGGAACAGGAAGCUGCGCUUGCGAAGGAGACGAGUGCGAUGGAGUAUGUAUCUCUAUCGUUUGGAUGCUGUGAAACGGAUACUGACAGAUCGACAGGGAUGAGGAGGCUCGUCAGGAACGCGAGCUCCAACAACAACGCGAAGACCAGGAAGCCUCACUACGCGCUCUUGAGGAGCAAGUUAAGGCUGGUAAGGUCAAGAAGGCCGAGGAAAAGAAGAAGAGGGAAGCAGCCAAGAAAGAGGCUCAAGAGAAGGAGUCUCGAUUAGCUGCGCAGCGAGCAGAAAUCGAGGCUGCGAAAGAACGCGAGCGACAGCUUCGCCUGCAACUCGAGAACAUGGACGACGACGAUUCAAGUGACGAGGAUGAAGGACCUAGGCAAAUCACGCCGACCGAGAGCACGCCCGCCGAGAGCAUGGAAUUGCCUCAAUCGCGAGACGCUCCAGUUGCACCGCCGCCUGCUCCUCCAAUUCCGACUGUCAUAUCGCCGCCACCUCCUCCACCGAUGCCCGAGAGCGUAACAAGCCCAUCAGCAAACGUCUCCAGCCCGCCUGCGGAGUCGAAGAAUCCAUUCUUCCGCAGCAUGAGUCAAGCACCGUCCGCAGCAGGAACGCCAGGCGCCAUCUCGCCUGAAGCCGAGAAGAAGAUUGACAGGAAUCCCUUCCACAACCUGACGCAGCAAGAGAAGCAGACACUGCCUGAUCCAACGCAACCUCCCGCACGCAUCCGCAGCCCGUCGAAGCCUGCUGACGAAGAUGAUUGGUCUGUCGUUGAAUCUUCGGAUGAUGAGGAUGACGAGGACAAGCCAACUGGUGGCAGUGCGAAGCAACUCGCAUCGAUUCUGUUUGGCACCAUGGGUCCUCCUCGACCACUAUCUGCCAUGGACAGUCCAGCUGCAGCUUCAGGACCCAACUCUCCUGCUCCAGGAAAAGACCGCAUGGCCUCGCCACCUCCCGCUCCGCCUAUGCCCUCGGGAGUAGCUCCUCCGCCCCCACCACCUCCCAUGCCGGGUAACUCUGCUCCGCCUGCGCCCCCACCGCCGCCGCCUGCGCCUAGUGGAGGUGAUCUGCCUGCCGGGCCGCCUGUGGGAGGAAUGCCAGAUCGCAGUGGACUGCUGGAACAGAUCCAGCUGGGUAAGGGAUUGAAGAAGGUACAGACUAAAGAUCGCAGUCAGGCUGGCGUUGCUGGGCGUGUGCUUUAA